AGCUACAGGCUAAAAAAUGUGCUCGUUUCUGCUAACUUCAUGGAUGCUCCAAAACUUAGCAUGGAUCAACUUUUUCAUGCAGCGUCGGGGACCUGACGCCACAUCGGUCGUGGAACUCCCACAAUUAAGGCUACCGAUGAAGCAGCCUCAGCUCCAUCCUUGGCCUCUUUUUCAAGGGAAGAAAGGGCUCAGGGAUGGGCUCAGGGAUCCGUCGCGGUAGCUCUAAGACAAGGCUUUCGCACGGUUCACAACCUGUUGUCGCUCACAGGAGCUGUCAAGACCCUACAGCCGUUUCUCAAGGUGGAGUCAUCUACUGGCCGUAGUUCCCGCCCGAGAAGCACGCAGACACAUCAUGAAGUGGAGCUUGCAAGAUCAUCAUCCAGAAGGGAGAGUGGCGAGAGGCGCACAGAGAGCGCUUUCGCAAGUGUAC